GGCCCAUUCUCACUGCAGAGUCAGAAACUUUCUUUCUCUCCAUUGGCCCUGAGAGAAGCACUGAGGUGACUUCUGGAAACACUGCCUUACUUACAUCCAAAGAGUCCAAAGGUUGUUUUCUCCACUCAACAUCCCAGGAGUCAACGUGGGAAAUGAGUGACUCAGUGACGUUUCCUCAGACAAGAGCAACGGAGACAGAAAUGUCUGUGCCAAAUGGAGUAGAAUCAGAACAGGUAAAAAGGGCCAUCAGCUCCGCCCUGCUAAUGAUCAUCAUUCCCUCCCUGGGAUUCGGGCUGUUGGUGCUGCUUGUGGCGUUCUUCCUUCGAGGGAAAGUCAUGAAAACCAGUUGGUUCCCGAAACACACAAGGCUAGACAAUGUUGGAGAAUGUAAAAACAACUUUGAUGACAUGCAGCAUGGAAGAGAAGACGAAGAUGGUCUUUUCACGCUCUAAUGUGCCACUUUUUCUCAGGAUUGAGGACCGGGGCAUGAUGCGGGAAUUGUCAAAAUAAGUCUUAGAAUGUGUUGUUUUGUUUUGUUUUUAAAGCCCCA